AUUUUUUCUUUGAAAGCAGCAGGAACGUGAUCUGAAAAAUGAACGAUGGUUGCUGCUCAAAGUGUCAGGUUAAAGCAACGAAGAAGAAGAAAUCGAAGAAAAACGAAGAUGAGCCUGAUGAAGAGGAUGUGAAACAAAAACAGAAAGUUUCAAAGAAUGAGAAUCCGAAAAAAGAUUCCAAUGGGGAGAAAGGAUCAGAUGAGAAGGAUAAGAAGAAUAAGAACGUCCUCAGAUGGCCACAAGACUCAAGUACAAAGAAAGAGAAGGGUGAUGGUAAAAACUUGUCAAGCGAGGAAAAUGGUGGUAAAAACUUGCCAAGCGAGAAAAAUGGUGUGAACCCGCCGCCGCCUUGUUACACCGCUCAACCGAUGAUGUACCAUGGUGGACACAAUCCUUUACACCGGUGGCCCAUAUCCGCAGCCUCGAGAAGCCAUUAUCCCCCGUUUUCGAUGGGGGCAAUGCAUGGACCAUAUGGUGGUUGUGGACCUUGUGGUGGUCCAAUUGAUCCAUACCAAUCCAUGCCUCGACCCAGAAUGUUCGAUGGUGUUCACAUUUCACAAUAUCCGCCUAUGGCUGCAGCAUAUCCGUAUAUGGCUGCAGCUGGUCCUUUCCCCUAUUGGCAAACCAGACCGUACAUGGAUGCAAAUCCUAUGAAGCGUUACACUACCUAUGCAGAAAAUUACUCCUAUUUUUAUUCAUGA